AUGGGUCUCACCGCGAGCUCGCUCAAUCUCACGCAGUACGACAUCGAGGACGUUCAGCAACACUGCGGCGGUAAAUUCACCUCGCGCGAGAUCCAAGCGCUGUAUCAGCGCUUCCGCGCGCUCGACAAGAAGCACAAAGGAUUCAUCACGGAGGACGAACUCAUGGCGAUUCCCGAGCUCGCCAUCUCCCCGCUCGCGCCGAGAAUCGUGCAGAUGUUCCAAAACCAAAACUUUAAAGACUUUGUGCGCAUGAUCAGCGCUCUGAGCUCCAAGGCGACGCGAGAGGAGCGAUUGAGAUUUAUGUUUCAUUGCUACGACGUCGAUCGAGACGGCGUCGUGUCGAGGAGCGACUUAGAAACCAUCACGAGACACCUGGUCGGAAGCUCGAUUUCGCAGGAAGACUUCGAUCAAUUGAUCUCUAAAGCGUUCGGGGAG